UGUACCAAUAUGGGUGUUGCUACCGGAACUGCCAUUCCAUUGCCACUCAUGGCAUUACAUCAAACAGAUUGUUGCACCUCUAGGAACCCCUUUAAUGUUGGACUUAGCUACCGAGAAUAGAACAAGGCCUAGCAUGGCAAAAGUGAGAGUAGAGAUUGACUUGACUAAGCCUAAAUUGAAUUUUAUCUGGAUAGGAUCUGAGGAUGAGACUUGUCCAAGAAAAGGGUUCACACAAAAACUAGAAUAUGAAAACCUUCCUAAAUUUCGCACUAACUGUAAGAUCCUGAGGCAUUCUAUCCUACAAUGUAGGAGGGUGGAGCAAAAGAAAAAUGAAGAAAAAGAGGUGUAUGGGAAUCCAAAUACUGAUAAAACAGAAACAAACGAAAAGGAACAAAGGAGGAGGAGAAAAAGAAUGGUAAUGGAAACAAAGGUGUGAAUGAAGGGAAAGGUGAAAAGACUGCGGGAAAGAACCAGGCAAAAGACAAUGAUCAACAUUAAGAGAGUGAGAACAAACAAGAGGUGAAUCAGCAGGAGGAAAAGAUACAGUUUACAGCUGGUACAACACAACAAAGAAGGAAUAUGAAAAAAGGAACAAAAAAGAAGAAGUACAAAGAAAAAAGAAUGCCAAAAAAGAAAAAUGUUGUGCUGCUGUCAGCUGCAUUGCCACAGAACAUUACCAGGAAAAAAAGAAAGACUAUAGAUGAGGAGGUAGGCACACAUGAGGAAGGGGAGAAGAAUGUUAUGGAAAACCAAGCUACUAAAGGUGACAACUAUGAGAAAGAUAGUCAAAAGAAUAGCAAAAAAGAUGGAAAAAAAAGAGCAAGAACAAAAGAAACAUGAAAAAGGUGCUAAUAGUGGAGAACCAACUGAACAGGAGAACAAGGAAGAAGGGGAGGAUGAACAGAAAAACAACAACAAUGAGGAAGUGCAGAGCAAAAGAAAUAGAGAAGAAGGGGGUGAAACUUCUGAUAUCCUACCAAUGGAAAGCAACAAUAUGAAGUCCAUUGAUCUAUUUGUGGAGUUAAAUUGCGAGCAGAAUGACCAAACUGAACAGACCCAAGGUGAAAAUCAAGAGAGGGAUGAGCAACAAUCUUUACAAUCCAGGACACAUAGUAGUAACAACGAGCAAAACCAAAACAGUGAGGAGAACAACAGUAGAAGAAGUAGAAGCAGGCAAAGAAGUAAAACAAGGAAACAGAAGGUUGAUAACAAUGACCAAGAACUCGACAAGGAGGAUCAUGAGAAGGGUAAGGAGGAUAUUCCAAAAGGGGGAAGCAGAAAUCAAAAAGGAGGAAAAAAAGAUAAUGACAAGGCUAUUUAUACUUUCAAAAGUAAGAAUAGUACUCAAAAAUCUACACCUACUAAUUUCCAAUGA